UUAGGGCUAAUCACUGUAAAUGCGCUCGUAUGACUGGAUCUUACAGCCAGAAAGGAAUGUUCUGCCCUGUCGGGCCCAUGUAACUCAUGUGUACAGUUGUAGAGUAACCUUCGAGAUAACGCUUAUUUGAGGCGGGGUAACUUGUGCGCCACGAAGUGACUACAUUUAAGAUCAAGGGUUUUUUUUUUUUUUUUUAAUUUUACCGCAAAUAUAAUCUGUCACUUGGUCAUUAUUGCGGACAGUCGGGCAAACCAAGAUGGAGUGCCAGUGGAAACCAGACGAGCAAGGACUUCAGCAAAUCUUGCAGCUUCUGAAGGAGUCUCAAUCCCCCGACACAACCACGCAAAGAUCCGUCCAACAAAAACUUGAACAGCUCAAUCAGUUCCCAGACUUCAACAAUUACUUGAUAUUUGUGCUUACAAAGCUGAAGUCAGAAGAUGAGCCCACUCGUUCUCUCAGUGGGUUGAUCUUGAAGAACAACGUGAAGGCCCAUUACCAGAACUUUCCUGAUGGAGUCUCCGACUUCAUCAAAAAUGAGUGCUUGCAGAACAUUGGUGACUCUUCACCUCUUAUCCGAGCUACUGUGGGUAUACUCAUUACCACUAUAGCCUCUAAAGGAGAACUGCAAAAUUGGCCAGAACUUCUGCCCAAACUCUGUUUGCUACUUGAUUCAGAGGACUACAACACCUGUGAGGGGGCAUUUGGAGCUCUGCAGAAAAUCUGCGAGGAUUCAGCUGAGAUCCUGGACAGCGACAUGCUGGACCGACCUCUCAAUGUUAUGAUCCCUAAAUUUCUGCAGUUUUUCAAGCACAGCAGCCCCAAGAUCAGAUCUCAUGCCAUUGCCUGUGUGAACCAGUUCAUCAUCAGCAGAACGCAGGCCCUAAUGCUGCACAUCGAUCCCUUCAUUGAGAACCUGUUUGCACUGGCGGGUGACGAGGAGCCGGAGGUGCGGAAGAAUGUGUGCCGGGCCCUGGUGAUGCUACUGGAGGUCCGUAUGGACCGCCUCCUGCCCCACAUGCACAACAUCACUGAGUACAUGUUGCAGAGGACGCAGGACCAGGAUGAGAAUGUCGCUCUGGAAGCCUGCGAGUUCUGGCUCACACUGGCAGAGCAGCCUGUCUGUAAGGAUGUGCUCUGUGGCCACCUGUCCAAGCUGGUUCCAGUUUUGGUGAAUGGCAUGAAAUACUCUGAGAUUGACAUAAUUCUCCUGAAGGGUGACGUGGAGGAGGAUGAAGCCAUCCCAGACAACGAGCAGGACAUCCGGCCUCGAUUCCACCGCUCGCGUACUGUUGCCCAGCAGCACGAGGGUGGUGACGGCAUCGAGGAGGACGACGAUGAGGAUGAAGAUGACCUAGAUGAUGAUGACGCCAUCUCUGACUGGAACUUGCGGAAGUGCUCAGCGGCAGCGCUGGAUGUCCUGGCGAAUGUGUUCCGGGAGGACCUACUGCUGCACACCCUCCCUCUGCUGAAAGAGCUGCUCUUCCACCCAGACUGGGUCAUCAAAGAAUCUGGCAUACUCGUGCUAGGGGCCAUCGCAGAGGGUUGUAUGCAGGGUAUGAUUGCAUAUUUGCCAGAGCUGAUUCCUCACCUGGUGCAGUGUCUGGCUGAUAAGAAGGCUCUCGUACGCUCUAUCACCUGCUGGACGCUGAGCCGUUAUGCCCACUGGGUUGUGAGCCAGCCGGCCGACGCCUACCUCAAACCCCUCAUGACAGAGCUGCUCAAACGUAUACUGGACAGCAACAAACGUGUCCAAGAGGCAGCAUGCAGUGCCUUUGCCACUCUAGAGGAGGAGGCGUGUACAGAGUUGGUGCCCUAUCUGGCCUAUAUUCUGGACACGCUGGUCUUCGCCUUCAGCAAAUACCAGCACAAGAACCUUCUUAUCCUUUAUGAUGCCAUUGGCACUCUGGCAGAUUCUGUAGGCCUCCAUCUCAACAAACCGGAAUACAUUCAGAUGCUGAUGCCACCAUUGAUUCAGAAGUGGAACCAGCUGAAAGAUGAAGAUAAAGACCUUUUCCCUCUCCUGGAGUGCCUGUCAUCUGUGGCUACCGCCCUGCAGAGCGGCUUUCUGCCCUACUGCGAACCAGUCUACCAGCGCUGUGUCAACCUGGUCCAGAAGACCCUGGCCCAAGCCAUGCUCCAUCAGUCACAACCUGAGGUCUACGAAGCUCCUGACAAAGACUUCAUGAUUGUGGCUCUGGAUCUGCUCAGUGGGCUGGCUGAGGGUCUGGGUGGUAACGUUGAGCAGCUGGUGGCACGCAGUAAUAUUCUCACCCUCAUGUAUCAGUGCAUGCAGGAUAAAAUGCCUGAGGUACGGCAGAGUUCUUUUGCCCUGUUAGGUGAUCUCACCAAAGCAUGCUUCCAGCAUGUCAAACCAUGUAUUGCGGAUUUCAUGCCUAUUUUAGGCACAAACCUGAACCCAGAGUUGAUUUCUGUGUGCAACAAUGCAACCUGGGCCAUUGGGGAAAUAUCUAUUCAAAUGGGUGUUGAGAUGCAGCCUUAUGUGUCCAUGGUUUUGCACCAGCUGAUAGAGAUCAUUAACAGACCCAACACACCCAAGACUCUGCUGGAGAAUACAGCAAUAACAAUUGGUCGUCUUGGUUACGUUUGUCCUCAAGAGGUGGCACCCAUGCUACAGCAGUUUAUAAGACCCUGGUGCACCUCACUACGCAAUAUAAGAGACAAUGAGGAAAAAGACUCCGCCUUUAGGGGGAUCUGCACCAUGAUCACAGUCAACCCUGGAGGUGUGGUGCAGGACUUUAUAUUUUUCUGUGAUGCUGUGGCAUCAUGGGUGAACCCUAAAGAUGACCUACGAGACAUGUUCUACAAGAUCCUCCAUGGGUUUAAGAAUCAGGUUGGCGAAGAGAACUGGAGGCGUUUUUCAGACCAGUUCCCCUUGCCUCUGAAGGAGCGACUCGCAGCUUUCUAUGGAGUCUAAUCACUCUUGGAGAAACUGGCCUGGUUUAAGAGGUCCUUAGGUUGUGGGAAAUUAUGGGAGCCUCAAAAUCCCCAGGGAACAUGCGGCCCUUUACUGGGGGGAAGGGUGGUCUGGCUGGGAUGCAGCGGGGUGUGGAGCCCCUAAACCCCGUAAGGUGGGGUGGGAGGGUGUGGUUUGAUGUGAUACAACUCAGCAAAACUGUGUCAAGCAAGAAACUAACUUUAAAUGCCCAGUCAAAUAAACUAGAGAGGAAACCUUUUCAUAAACAAAUACUGGUGUUCAUUAAUCUAAAAUAUAGGCAGGAUAUUAAGGGGAUAAAAAGACAGUGAAAUCAUCACUGAUGUAACAUUGCUAGAUUAUAUUUAGGAAAAUGUCACAAGACAACUCUAGCUGCAGAGAAAGGUAUCAUAAAUCAAAUGGCCCAAACUGGAGGUGGAAGUUGGACAGAAUGGUACCAUUAGGUACAAAAAUACUCAUAGGAUGGUACAAAGUAUAAUCUGACUGCAUGAAAGUGUGCGGUCCAUGCUGUUCUUUUGUUGCACAGCAGUACAUGGUAAAAUAUUAAAGUAAAUGCUGAAAAACUAUCAAGUUUUAAGGUAUGGUGUCUAAAUAAUAGAUCACAGCUUCAUAGUGUAACUGUACAAACGUGAGGGUCCACAAACCAUUUGUAAGAGCAUAUGAUGGAGACCAUGUUUUUAUUUAAUUUUUUCCUCCUGUGUGCGUGUGUUAGAUUUGACUUGAGUUCGAAGGUGUCAGAGAAAGACAUAAUGGGUGCAUCACAUCUCAUACACACUUGCUACCUUUGAUUAGUUGUUCUAAAUCAAUUUCCCCAUGCAAGGACUUCAAACCCUUAUCCUGUUUCAUUUUCAUGUGUGAAUAAGCAAUCGUGGUCUCGAAUGAUAAGUCCAUUACAUUAUGGUUUGACAUGGAUUGACAACCUUGAAACCCUUUUUGUGCGUGGGUGUAUGUCUGACAUUUUUCAAUGUCUACUUGUUUUUGCUUAGUUUGCCGGGAGCAUGAUUUUGCAAAUGCUUGUAAUGACCUUUUUGACUAGAAUAAGAUGGGUACUUAAAUGUUCGAUUCAUGCAUGUUGGUGGCCCUGUAAUUGGUUUUGUCAUUACCCCCAGACACCUCUUACAUAAUGACUUAUUGCAUAUUUGCAUCCUGUUACUUGUAUGUUGGUUCCCCACUGCCUGUUUGAAGACCCGUGUUCCAUAAAGAACCCUUGGCAUUAGAAGCUCAGCAAAAACAAAUAGGAAAAUAGGACAGUAAGUCUUAAAAUUGCCUGGAUGUAUCUCGAGGUACAUUUGGUUUCAAAAUCAGCUAGAGUAUUUCUGUAGAAACAUAAAUGUCUCUGCAGGUCAGAGCCAUUGAGAAAAUACUUAUUUUUACUUGUUUGUGAAAUCCUUCUCAUCCCACAAAUCUAGGAACAUGGAAGUGCAAGAAUGACUGACAUGCUUUUAGUUGGAGCUACUAAAAGAUACUCAAGAUACUUACUCAGACUUUAAGAUUUGAAUGAGAUUUCUCUCUGUGAAAAUGAAGGAAGAAAACUGGUUAGUUUUCAGUAUAGGUGAUUUUCUUGUUUGUAAUUAAAUGGACAUGAAAUGGCAUGAGUAAACUAUGGGAAAGGCAUUCACCUUUAAAUGAAAUAAAAUACAGUAGAAAUGUAAAGUGUUGUAAAGAUCAAUUUUGUUAGGAGUUGUAUAUUAUUUAAAAGUUUAGAGUAAUUCAUCAGAGAAUUAUGUAUUUAAGAAUCCUAAAGAAAGCAACGUUUUUUUUUGUUUGUUUGUUUUUUGUGCCAUCCAAACACCAUGGGAUAUUAUCAGGCUUGUUCAUUUGUAUAUGUAAUUUUAAUACAUUAUGUUUGUCCAGUAGAUGUGUCUAGUGUUAAUAAUCUGUCACAUUCCAUCUGUUUCAACAUGAUAAUAAAAAAUUGGCUUGGCUUUAAAAUGGAAAAAAAAAAAAAAAAAAAGUUUAAAAAAUUAAUGCUGUUAGUGUUGUCUUACAUAUGAGUGCUGCUAUGUGAUGUUUUCUACUUGAAUUGUUUUUGUUGUUGUUGUUGUUGUUGUUGUUGUUGUAGAAUCCUCAGGAGGUAUGUUUACCAUUUUAUUUAGUUUAAGUAUGUUAGUGUUAUUUUAUAUGUACCCCCUCCUCCUGUCCCCUGUCAUGAGUAGCAUGGAAAUCUACUCCUGCUGUUUAGUCAAUGAUCAUGCUUCAGACUCUGACUUUCCAUUUUCCCAUUGAGAAAGUCUUUCCAGUUUUGGAAAGAAAAAUCGGAUAGAAAAAACUACAUUAAAAGAGUACAAUGUACUACAAUGUUAGCUUGUAGCUUUUUUCACAUAAAUAUUAAGCAAUGCAUAGCUUUUUAUCAAGAUAAAAUGACUGGGUGGAAGACAAACUGGCACAGCAGUAUGUGAAUAGUGGCAACUUAUUCUAAUGAAAGUGCAGUAUUUACUGUGAUGCCUUGAAAUUGGACAUGGAUUUCAGGCAAUCCAUAUUGCUAGAUGACUGCUUGCUUGGAGAUUGCACAAUAUUAAAUACAGUAGUUUAUUUUAUUUCUAUUAAAUUUUGUCAAAUUAGCACUGUAUCAACUACUGUUUUUUGUUUGUUUUUAUGGGGUUUUUUUGGGGGGGGGGGUUUGUUUGUUUUUAUGGUUAGGGGAGGGAGAUAUUAGUUAAGGAAUGAUAUAAUAGCCAUGUAAAUCCUCUUUGCUUAUUAGCUCCCAUUGCUCUUAUUUGAGAGAACUUUCAUUUAUUCCUUUUUUGUGACAAGCUGCUGAAUUUCAGAGACAAAUAUCUCGAAGGUAAUCAUUUUUGGGGGCCACCAAAUAUUUUGGAUCAUGCAAAGAAUCUAUAUUGUAGUAAUUUUGUAAUGACAUUUGUAUGACCUUGUGAUGGAUGUGACUUUGUAUCACUGCUUGGAUCUGUACAUUGAAAAUAAACUGUUUACAUAAACUGUUA